AUCUUUUAUAAGAAGAAAAAAGACAUUUUCUUAUCAAAACCAAAGUCAAAUGCUUUCUACCAAAAUUCCAUAAAAUAAAAUUGAUUUCUGUGGAUAACAGAGAUCAUAAAACCAGCAAAUAGCAUAAAACAAGAAUUUUCCAUAAGAAGGAGAAAAUUUAAACGAAUCGUAAGUGAAACAAGAAAUUUUAUAUCAGUUUCAAAUUCUAAUAUCUCUCAACCAAAUGUUCGAUAGCCAAUUUCUACAAAAUAAUACCAAUUUCUCUAGAUAGUGCAGAAAGCAAAAUUACCAAAUAGGAAAAAGAAUCCUCACAUCAAGGAAUCAAAGAUCUUUGAAAAAAGCUUAUAUAAGAAGAUAAGUGAAUCUUACCUCAACACUCUAUGUCCAAUUUUCACUAAAAUAAUACAGAAUUCUUACAGAAAAUACAGAAGACAAUUUUCUCGAACAACUAUAUACAUUUUAAAACGCAGCUAAGGAUCAAUAUACUUUCUCGAAGAUUUAAUUUAACACGAAUUCUUACAGAAAAUAUAGAGAGCUAUUAUCUCGAACAAUUAAACACACUUUUAAAACGCAAUUGAAGAUCAACAUUUCCCCUCGAAGAUUCGAUUCGCUGUGUAUCUCCGGCGUUAUUUGUUCUAUUUGCUUCUCGAAUACUUUUCAUAGAUACGAAGAACGAAAUGAUGAGGGGCAAUGAACGUCUACUCGAGCAGAGCUUUUGUUUGGUAUCGUUGCUUCCAGAUACAUUCCUUAGGAGCUGUCUCGAUAAGAUCAUCUGAAAAUUGGCUGAAAUUAGACUGUUCAGAUAAAACGAAGAUUAUGGUAUAAAUAUUGGCACUUAUCGCUGCAAGUUAACUGGCUGACUCUUAAUUAACCAACAUACUUUGGAUCAAUUCGUGUUGAUUUGUGCACCAGCCCGGCCUAUAUAAGAAUAUCGUGGAAUAAACUGUGAAUUCUUGUAAAAACUUUUAUUAAAACACGAAGUUUUUCCAACAGUGGCAACUUGAAAUUGAAACUUUGACUUUUUGAUUUUUAUUUGGAAUCUCCCAAAAAUUCCCUCUAGAAAUAAACUUCAUUUUCUGUUUUGCUUUUUAUCGGUGAUUGAUUGCAAUAAAAUAGAGUGAAUUUGUUGCGUAAAAGUAUUUUUACCGUUGACGUAAGUACGUUUAGCUUUUUGCUGUUCCGUUGGAAGACGUGAUAAAUUGUGCUAACGAGAAAUAAAUCACUGGAAUUGUGUAAUUCGCGACACGUGCGAAACAUUCCGUAAACGUAAACGUCGGAUUCGUGACUAAUUUUCUUGUUUGUGAAAGAAUGCACGUGAUCCGAGUGUCACGCGAAAGGUAUUAUUGGUUUUUCGUUGGUUCUAAAGGAGGACUUGAAAAAGACAAAUUUUUAUAGGAACCUUCGGCAGUGAAAAUGCCAGAAGAAAUUGUUUUUUAACGAAUCAUACAGGAAGAUUUAAAAGAGAAUAUUUUUUAUAAAAUUCUUCUAUGACAGAAGUACCUGAAUAAAACCGGACUUUUGUUAAGUGUAGAGGAAAACUUUGAGAGGAGAAUAUUUCUAAUGGAAAGUUUUGGUGGUAUCAGAAUAAAGUUGGUUUUUUUAAAUGGAAAACUUUGAUGAUAUCAGAAUUAGGUCAAUGGAGAACCAGAACAGAAUGACAAAAUACAGAAACACUUAAAAAUUAUCAAAUUAUCUAAAAUUAAAAUUAAAGGAGAAGAAGCAGAAUUUGGAGAAAAUGGAAAUAAAUUUUGCAGAGUGGAUCGAGCUACAAAAUUAAAAGCGUACAGUAGCACGAAACGACGAGUGCAUCAGUGUUUCAAUAAUGACUUCAUCAACCUAGUAUUGAUUAUUAUUGUUAGAAUAUGAGAGUAUUUCUCGAUAUUGACCUGGUUUCGAUGGAAUACGUAAAUGAGAGGAGUAACUUAUUGGGUUCUAAUCGAGAAAAUGUAUCAUCCUUUCCAUCUCUGGUGCCACAGGGAUUGGCUCACAGUUACGGAUCUCUUUCAUCUUGUCAACAAGUGAUACAUUCGAUCUGGAACAGAAGCAAACAGACCUUGCAUCGGACUGACUCGAUGGUAUCACUCUGCUACCGAUCUCUCGCCAGCUAUAUCACAGACGAUAAUCUCGCUGGUCUUCAAAGCUUCCUCGAAAACAAACGAGUACUGAUCGAUGACCGAGACGAGAAUGGUAGUACAGCCCUCAUCCUUGCAGCAAGUAAGGGAAAGAUACACUUUGUACGAGAGCUUAUCAAUCAUGGAGCAGAUGUUAAUGCAGAGGACGCAGAUAAUUGGACGGCGUUAUUGUGUGCGGCCAAGGAAGGGCACACAGAUGUGUGCCUUGAAUUACUCGAACAUGGCGCUGAUUUGGAACACAGAGACAUGGGAGGGUGGACUGCACUUAUGUGGGCGACGUAUAAAGGUAGGUCGCCGACGGUGAUGAUGCUACUAGGACGAGAAGCUGACGUCAAUGCACAUGGAAAUUUUCACAUAUCUUCGUUGUUAUGGGCCGCAGGCAGGGGUUACCCCGAUAUUGUUAAGGAUCUUAUUGCUCAUGGUGCUAAAGUCAAUGUCGGUGACAAGUAUGGUACUACAGCGUUGGUGUGGGCGUCGCGUAAAGGCCACGUAGAAAUUGUAGAUACUCUUCUAAAAGCUGGUGCUAAUGUCGAUACUGCUGGCAUGUACUCGUGGACAGCUCUUCUAGUGGCCACUCUUGGGAAUCACUUGGAGGUGGUACUACUUCUUUUAGAACAUAAACCAAACGUGAACGCGUUAGAUAAAGAUGGAUGCACAGCUCUGGCAAUAGCUUGCCGAGAGGGGCAUCACGAAAUAGCAAAUGCUCUUUUGAAUGCUGGUGCUUAUGUGAACAUUCAAGAUAGGGCUGGUGAUACAAAUUUAAUUCAUGCUGUGAAAGGCGGUCAUAGAGGAGUGGUUGAAUCUCUUUUAAAAAAGUAUGCUGAUGUCGACAUUGCCGGCAAGGAUAAGAAAACUGCAACCUACAUAGCAGUCGAAAAAGGCAAUAUUUCAAUAUUGAAACUGUUAUUAAAUGCAAACCCAGAUUUAGAAAUUGCGACAAAAGAUGGUGAUACUCCAUUAUUACGGGCAGUUCGAUCGCGAAACGCUGAAAUCGUGCAGAUAUUGUUAGACAAAAAAGCUAAAGUAUCAGCCACCGAUAAAAAAGGUGAUACUGUGCUACAUAUAGCUAUGCGAGCUAGAUCGAAAGCCAUCGUUGAGAUACUAUUGAGAAAUCCAAAAAAUAGUCAACUACUGUACCGUCCAAAUAGACAAGGAGAGACUCCUUAUAAUAUCGACAUCAAUCAUCCAAAGACCAUUCUUGGACAAAUAUUUGGUGCACGGCGUCUUAAUACCAAUGAAGAUAAUGAAAAUAUGCUUGGUUACGACUUGUACAGUAGUGCGUUAGCGGAUAUCCUCAGUGAACCAUCUCUUUCAACGCCUAUAACUGUUGGCCUUUACGCGAAGUGGGGUUCAGGAAAAUCAUUUUUGUUAAAUAAAUUAAGAGAGGAAAUGAAAAAUUUUGCUCGCCAAUGGAUGGACCCAGUAUUCCAAUUUUCUGUCUUAUUAUUCGUAAUAGUAACUCAUGUAUCUUUGUUAGUGGGUAUCACAAUAGGUCUUGCCCUCCAAUCAUGGAUUGUUGGGCUUGCGUGUGGUAUAAGUCUUAUUUUUUUUACGUACACUUUUUUGAUACUUGUCUGGUAUGCUAACAAAAGAUAUGAUUGGUAUUGGCCAUACAAUUUCACGGUAGCCCUGACUACAAAAUUAAAUUCAUUGAAACUGCUUUUACAAGUAAUUUUUUGUCAUCCUCCUGGUGGUCGAGUUCACGAUGAUAUCACUGUUCAACCCAUAAAGUUCUAUUUUACUGACCAAACCCGAGUCGGCACAACUGCUGCCGGAGAGAACGCAGUAGUACAAAUGGUAGGAUCGCUUUAUGAUUCCAUUGAGAAUGAGUUUGGUUCCUUAUCCACGCGACUCUACAGAGCAUUCAGACCAAAACCAGAUAAAUCAACGACAACAUGGAAAUGGAGACAUCUUUGUUGUUUACCAUAUAUAGUUAUAUUUGAAUUCUGCUUUUGCAGUUUACUCGUUGGUAUUUCCGUACUUACGGUCUAUCUCAUCGAUAUUUCUAGCAGCGAGCCAACAAUAGAAAGAGUUACAUCACACAUUAUUAUGAUAACCGUUGCCUUAAUACUAGCUGUUAGUGUAAUAGCAAACUUAUAUACAUGGAGUCGAACGUUGCAAGCACUUGUUUUCUCUCAAAGACGGCACCUACAGCGCAGCAUUUCUAAGUUAGAGACUUUAAAAAGCGAAGGUUUUAUACAGACGCUAAGAAGCGAAGUCAGUUUAAUGACCGAGAUGGUUAAAUGCCUAGAUAGUUUUAUGGCACAACAAAGCAGAUUAGUAAUAAUUGUGGAUGGUCUGGAUAGUUGUGAACAAGAUAAAGUGUUGUUAGUUUUAGAUGCUAUACAAGCAUUAUUCAGUGAUAACGGUUAUCCAUUUGUUGUUAUAUUAGCGAUCGAUCCACAUAUUAUUGCCAAGGCAGUGGAAGUCAAUAGUAGAAGAUUAUUCACAGAGUCUAAUAUCGGAGGACACGAUUACUUACGUAAUAUGGUGCAUCUUCCAUUUUAUUUGCAAAACAGUGGUUUGCGAAAGGUAAAAGUAGCUCAACAAACUGCCCAACAUAGUAGAAAAACUACGUGGACCGAAGCCGAGGAAAGUGUAAAUUACACCGCGACUAGUACAAUGCAUCACUCUGUUUCUAACAGAAGACUUAGCACGGAGUCUGCUAUAAUGAACAGCAAUGAAAAGUUGAAACCGCAAAGCAGAAAAGGCAGUAGAAAAUUACGAUUAAGCGAGUCAAUCGCAAGUAGCAUCGGUAGCAAUUUAAAUCGAUUGGGCGGUGCACAAGAUCUCAAUAAAAUGCUUCUCACUGACGAUUACUUUAGUGAUGUGAAUCCUCGUAGUAUGAGAAGAUUAAUGAAUGUUGUUUAUGUCACUGGAAGAUUAUUAAAAGCAUUCCAAAUUGAUUUCAACUGGUAUCAUUUAGCUAGUUGGAUCAAUAUUACUGAACAAUGGCCAUUUAGGACGUCUUGGUUGAUUCUUCAUUACGAUAUGUAUGAAGAUAGUUUAGAUGAUUCCAUGUCGUUGAAAAGUCUUUAUGAUAAGAUACGACCCCAAAUCCCAGUACUUAAAGAAGUUCAACCUCUGUUAGAAAUGGAUAGAGAUGAGCGGAAACUAGAUAUUUUCCUGACGUUUCAUCGUUCGAGUUUACUUGUUAGCGAUAUGAAAAUAUUCUUACCAUUCACAAUAAAUCUCGAUCCUUAUAUUAAGAAAAAAAUAAAAGAGGAGCAACAGAGCAUGGAAGAAGAAUCAGGACUACUUGGUCCAUAUAAACAGUAUAGUCCUUGGACUUUACCUAGUAAUACACAUGAAUCAUGGAGUGUAAAUAAAAGUGGUUUAUCAAAUCGAACAAUGAAACUUGUUAAAACACCAAGUCUACAAGGACAUGUACCAGUACCAUCAACAUCAUGGGUACAACCGUGUAUGCAGCCAACAUUCGAUUGGCAGACUACUCCAUCGUGGCAAGUACUUCCCAUGGAACCAGCGGUUAAACCACUCUCUGCAACUACAACAUUACCGUCCGAGAUUUUGGAGAUAAGACUAUCAUCUUUAACAGUAAAUGGAAUUUGCGACCUUAUUGAUAGGAUCGACAGUAUAAGUCCUAAUCAAGCACCACAGUACAAACAAGUUAUUAAAGAGAAUAACAUUAAUGGUAGAGUUUUAUUGCAUUGUGAUUUACAGGAGUUGAAAAAGGUUCUUAAAAUGGCUUUUGGAGAUUGGGAAUUGUUUCGUAUGGUGAUUGUGUCGCUUAGAGAAUUGGAAGUUUCAUCAUUUAGCACACAAGAAGAAGGUUCACGAAGUGUUCGUUUCACCGUAGGAUCGGAACAAAUUCAACGAAAAGGAGGAGAUCAUGCUUUACAAAAUACUUCGAUACGUGUGCCAACACAUGUAGAAAAAGACAAGGGAACAUCAAGAACCGAUGGUCCUAGACGAGAUCAAACUAAACAAUCUAUUAUGGAAAAACAAUUCCAGGUAACUUUAGAAGAACAGAUGAUAUGUGGUGCAUUACAAACUUUAAAUGAAGAAGCGUGUGAAGAUGUAUUAGAUGUACCAUCUUCUGCAGUGGUACCAUCAGACUCACUUGCAGGAUCCAUUUCGAUGGCCCCUCAAGAUACAGAUUACGUGAUUCUUCAAUCUAAUCCACUUCUACACUGGGUACCAGUCAACGAUGAACCAGAGACGUCAGACGACAGCUCGUUCGAGUCGACAGUACAUCUUCAACGUACGAACUCUCAACGUAGUAUUACAUCUCAACUUAGCACCAGAUCGGCUUGUUCGUUCGGACGUAAAGAGCUAAGAAAGAGUGGAGGCAAUUCUAUCAGUAGUAGACCAGCGUCGCUUUUUGUGUCUCCUCCGCCUUCUCCCAGACCCGCCUUCAGAUCCAAAUCAACAGAUGAAUACUAUGUAGCUAAUAAUAUACCCAUGAAAUCGGCUAUCUCUACACCUAUGAAGAAACGAUGUUCAACUUCGACCUUAAAUGAUGAGUUAAUUUUAUCGGUCCCUGUUCCAAACUCUAGCUUGGAAAAGUUAAGCAAACUGAAAGACCGUCUUAUGGGGACGUUACCUGUCUCGCCUGCUCCAGGAGAGAGCGAGGAUGAGUCCACGCCGUUAGUUUCCGAAUUAUCUACUCCAACUCACUCGCAAUCUGAUAGCGUGUUUAAACAUGACUGCAGCGAGGAGAACAGUAGCUCGAUUUCCUCGAAUAAAAGUUUACCACGUGAUGGAGAACGAUCCAUCGAUGUUGUUGAUUAUUCCGACACUGUUAGUUUAAUGGUACGAGAAGCUUCGCAAGUGCGGUUCUUAUCUCGUCAAGAUGCCGAGGAAUGGGACAAUCCCGAAACACCUGUUUGAUGUCAUCUGCUACACAGUUGUUAGCCAGUUUCCUUAAUAUGCAAUAACGCAUGAGAAAAAAACUUUAAAUGAAAUGGUACUUAAAUCGGGGCUUGUGAUAUAUAUUUUCAAAGAGAAAGAUAGUCAAAACAGCAAAUUGAAAAAUUCACACAUUUGUACAUAGUAAAUAGAAGAUAUCGAACUUUUUAGAUAAAGCGUUCGAAGCUGUUCAUGCAUCAGAGCGAUAAUAUUAGACAAAGAGAGAAUGCCUUUUAUGCAAUAUAUGUACAGUAUGUUUGAGUUCAUUGUUGCAGAAGAUACAUCUGAUAAUCGCACUCUAACAUUCCUUGAUACUAAUUUUAAUGCAUUUAACGAGACGCCAGCGUAUCAACUGUUUCUUUUCAAAGAAGUGAAACAGAAAACAUUUCUUUUAUCAUAUUGUAAACAUAUGCUGAAUGAUUAAUUCAAGUCAAUUCAUGAAAGCAGUAAUGAAACUCGACAAAUUAUAUGUACAAAAAAAUAAAUUAUAUUUAAUAAAUCCUAAUUCUCAUACCGGAUGGUAUUGAUUUUAAAUAUUAGUAUUAAAUAUCAAAUAUAUUAUAACAAAUAAAUAAAUAUUACUAAUUUAUACGACAGUGGAUGUCAUAAAAUUAACAAGAUAUUUCAUGAUAGCAAAUAUCUGUGUUUUCACAUUGCUUUCAUUAUCGCGCAUUUAAACAUAAAAUUAUAGAAUAGAUCUUUGAAGCUAGGUAACAAAAAAUUGAUGAUUGUCAUUCUCUAAUUUCUAAAAGACUAUUGGUACUGUAUCAUAUGUAUAUGUAUAUGUAUAUCGGGGACAAUAUUUAACACCGUAAGUUUUAUUAUUUCAGUACUUAAAUUUUUACUGAAAAUAUUUUUGUGAAGUUCUACUAGACGUUACGCAGGUUGUCACAAUCUUAAUGAAUUUUUAUUGUAAACUUCAUCUUGCAAAGUUACGAAGAGGGUACUAUUAUUUUAACAUUCUGUUUAAUAAUGUUUCAAUGCCUAAUUUAUAAAAUACAUAGAAAAUGAAUAAAUACAUCUUUAAGGAAUUUACAAUACAACUUUUUAAUAAUACUUUUUUAUUACAAAGCAAAAAAUUAUACAUAUGUAUAUAACAGUGUAUGUAUAUGUAUAUAUAUAUAAUACUUUAGGACGGAAUACAUUAGGGUUAUUGGUUAAUAAUAGCAUUGUAAACACAAGUAAUAUAUAUAUUAGAUUUUCAAAUAAUAGUAUUAUAUGUACUUUGCUUAUUACUAUUAAAUAUAGUAUAUUUAAAUACAUAGAACAUCGAACAGCGCCUUAUUCUACUUUCAUAAAUGCUCAUAUAUGGAAUAUAAUAAGUACUUUAACAGCCUUUUGCGUAAUUCAAAACGUGUCCUAUUUUUCAUAACUUAUGUUCUGAUAAACAUAAUGUUUCAUAGCUGCCUUUUAAAUGCAUUAUGCAUAACAACUUUCGUAAUACAAUAAACUAUCAGAUCUCAAUGUAUGAAAUAAUAUUUACCAUUAAUCUAGUCAUAGAUUGUUCUUUUCACUCUAGAAAAAUUUGUACGCUACUUGCUCUUUCAAAAAUCAUAAAUUUGUUUAGUUUAUUGCAUUACAUAUUUAAAAGAAGCAAUUUUUUAUAAAAUACUGAUAUGUUAGUUACAAAUAUUACAAUUACAAAAACAAUAAAAACUAUGAGAGGAAGAGAAAACAUUUUGGCGGUACAACAUAAUAUGGUAAAAAGUACGGUAUCGUAGAUAUCGAUACAUAGAUAUAAAUUAUAAAUC